AGAGCCAGAGGACAAAGGGAGAAGCUGAGCCCAGAGUUGCACAAGAUCAGCCUGUCAGUGUCAAAGGUGGCCUUGCGCAGUUUAUGCAGGCAGUGCUGCAGGACUUCCAGGCCUGAGGCCACAGCUUGGCUGGCUGCUUCCCUGAACCUAAACUUCCCUCGCUACAGUCUCCCUUCACAGUAUAAACUUUGGGGGCUCAAGAUGUAGCUCACUCUUGAGUACUUAGCUUGCAUGAGGCCUUGAGUUAAAUCUUCUAUGGCUUCCCAUGCCCAGCAUCCCACUCCAAAACACAUUUUCCAUGUAGGGAAAAUAUUGGGAGUCUUUCCUACUUCAGUGUGAAUUGAUGAGUCACCUAAAUUUGGAGAAUAGUCAAGACUUAGAAUUAUAUGAAAGUAUUAUGUUCCGAUCCUUGAAGGAAAUGGCAUGGAAAGCAGAGGGGAGGGAGAAUAAAUACUGUCACGUCUUUGGACCAGACUCCCAUUGGACCCUCCACCACAUGACCAAAAGAGAAACCCCCAAGCAGACCUGUUACCCCUACCGGUGCACAGCAUUCAACAGGAAGCCCGCAGCUGCCCCCACAGCUCAACCUGCAGAGAGCAGAUCCUGCGAAAACCACAAGAGAUGUGCUGUGCUGCCAGCACCCCUGAACCCCACACUGCUCUGUCUGCCAGCCAGCCCCAGACCCCCUAUCAGAGACCCAGAAUUUCACACCCCCUCAGCAGUGCCCCCCUCCCCUACCUAAACUCCUUUCCCUAUGAAACCUACUUUUGCCCUUGCUUGAGGUCAGUGGUCUUUUCACGCUUGGCCCAGCCACACCUGGAUGGUGAUAAACCCUUGCACAUUGCUUAGACUCUGCCUGCCUCAGUCCCCAUUGUACCUUGGCUAACCCAAACAAUACCGCCUGUUAACUUCUUUGGGGGCAUCAGGCACCAGCCCCCACGCUGCUGCCUGGUUCAUUCUGUGAGCUCACCAUCGCGGACUCCUUCUCUGUCCACCUUUACAAGGGUACCUGGGCUGGUGCCCACUGAGCCCUGAAUGAGUAAACAUUCAGAUGAAGAAGACUGGGCAAAAGGAAGGUUCAAGACAGCAAGAACAGCAAACCAGUCUCUGCAGGAGGCACCAGGAUGUGAUUCACGCAACUUCUGGACCAAGCAGAGGAGAUGCCACUUCCACCUGAAGAGGGCAACACCCCCCUCACCUUCACUUCCCUUCCCAGGAUUCUCUGGUGGUACCCGCUUGCUUUUCCUGGGCAUUUCCCAGGUGAGCUGAACCAGCACAGGACAGUUUAGAAGGACAGACCGCCUCCCUGAGCAGCAAAAGCGUCUGUUGUACCCAGAGCAUUCUCAGCAGUGUGGAGUCCCUGGGAGAGCAGGGGACAGGCAGCCUCAGCUGACACAGCCCGAUGGAUUAAAGCAGGACGGGAACAGCAAGUCUCUGAUCUCAGUUUGGGAAGCCCUUGGCCAGCUCGCACUGUUUCUGGCAAACCUGCAUCUCAGCUCUACCUGUUGUCUCCCCUGGAUAUUAAGGAUCCUGGCACUUUACUGUGGACCCUGGAUUUUGGUGGAACUGCAGUAGCGACUGUGGGCAGGAGCAGCAAGACGCUGCCAGAUGCUCACUGAAAUGCAGUGCAUCCUCAAGACCGGUGAUCAUCAUUCGCCCCCUGAAGGUUUUGACAAGGACUUGAAUUUGCUUCUCUGUGGUGGGGAUAGGUUCAGGAAGAUCAAGAGAAGACAGUGGCAGCCAGAGUGUAAAGAAAAGUGGGUUUGGGGUUUGGUGUUGAGGCAGGAGAUUAGGGCGUGGGCAGCUGGCUGAGCUAGUGGGUGUCACCUGUUAAGCACAGAGGUCCAGGACAGACGCAACCAAGCCCUGUUCCUGGAACCCAUCAGAGGAAGCCAUCUCCAUUUAUUCUGGUGUGAAAUCAAGUAGGUUUGUGAUAGGCCAGCCUAGGGCUAACGUCAGAAGAGAGAAUGCAAAAGAUCACUGCUAUUGGCUGCUCUUUUUCUAUCUCUAAUAGAUAUAAAAUCUUGCUAUCAUUUUCAUGUGUUCUGCCCAUUUCUUUGUUCAGGGCAAUGAGAAUGUGCAAAGGGUCCCUGGGAAGAGCACAGUACCCCAGGUCCUGGCAAUAGUGUUGCCGUGUGAGAACAGGGUGCCCAUGAUCGGGGGAGGGGCACCUCCUAAAGAUACUGGAAUUGCUCAGGACCAUUGGCCACAGCUGCCGGAGGUCCUGGGCUUGGAGGGGAAUUGAAAGAGGAGUGUAUCGAUAUCCCAGGCUCGAGGUGGGGGGAGUACCAGGCCCUCUGAGGAGCUGAGGUGUCUUCGCAGGGAGGAGACACUGUAGCAGUGGCUGCUGUUGCUACUGCUGGGAUUACUGGAGCCCCGGUCCAGUACCUACCCUAAUGGGGACUCAACCCCAUUGGUAGAUGGAGCCCCCCUGGCUCUGGGUACUGUGGCUCCCCUGCCUGGUGUGCGAUCACCCAUGGGCUUACCAGCUGGUCUUCUCCCUGCUGAGGGGCACCAACAGGCACACAGUCCUUCCAAGAUAGGACUCUUCUCCACCAGCAAUAUGAGGCUCCCUCCCCCAUGAAUGCACCUACCAGGAUCCUAGGGUAUGGCUGAUCUUUCUCAGCUACAUUCUGUCCGAAGUGCCCUUGGGACAGAAAUAGUGAAAUUGUGAAGACUUUAUUUGUCCUCUCUUUCUGCAUUAGUAACAAACUAAUGAUAACUGCAUGGAGCAAUUACCAAAAAGAAAAAAGGACUCUUCUCUUGUGGCCCAGCCCCUCCUAGAGCUGCUCUGGGCAGUGACCUCUAGUGGACAAGAGCAAGAGCUCUAAGAACAGGGCUGCUGCCUUAACGUAGGCUCAAGGAUCUCUGUUCAGCAAAUGUAGCACAUGCUGUUCUCCACUGGGCCAGCAGAUGGCAGCUUCUUCUCAAAAAUGCGGGGAAGGCCCUGCUGGUUUCAAAGCUGGGAGAAUCCACAGAGACUCCACCAGUUAAAUGCCGAUCUCAUGGAGCAAUUCCAUUGUUUCACGUAAAAUAGACGAGUGAGUGAUGUUGCUAGAGAUGGCUGGUUUUCACUUUGAGCUCCAGAGCAGUCAGUGCAGAGGAGGAAAUAGACGUGUUACAGUCACAUCACAAUCCAGUCGUAUCACAGUCCAGUCGUUUCAAGGAACCAGAGAGUUGGUCUGCACACCUUUCCUGGACCUUGCAGAUGCUAAGCCCAUGCUUGAACACAGAGCCACAACCCCGGCCAGACCUUGACAGCUUUGGGGAGCAGUGAUCAGAGUGAGAGCCAUCCUCAGCCAAGAGCCAGGGGCUCCUGAGUGCCAUCAGGAUGGUGGGUGAAGGCCCUUACCUUAUCUCGGAUCUGGACCGGCGAGGUCAGCGGAGGUCCUUUACGGAAAGAUAUGACCCCAGUCUCAAAACCAUGAUCCCAGUGCGGCCCUAUGCAAGGCUGGCACCCAACCCAGUGGAUGACGCGGGGCUGCUCUCCUUCGCCACCUUCUCAUGGCUCACACCGGUAAUGGUGAGUAGCUACAGGAGCACACUGACUGGGGCCAGUCUGCCGCCGAUGUCUCCCUACGACUCCUCGGACAUCAACGCCAAAAGGUUUCGAAUACUUUGGGACGAAGAGGUGGAAAAGGUGGGUCCUGAGAAGGCCUCCCUGGGCCAUGUAGCCUGGAAAUUCCAGAGGACUCGGGUUUUGAUGGACGUUGUGGCCAACAUCUUGUGCAUAAUCAUGGCAGCUAUAGGGCCGACAGUUCUCAUUCACCAAAUCCUCCAGCACACUGAGAAAGCUUCUGGGAAAUUCUGGGUUGGCAUCAGCCUGUGCGUAGCCCUCUUUGCCACUGAGUUCACCAAAGUCCUCUUUUGGGCCCUGGCCUGGGCCAUCAACUACCGCACGGCGAUCCGGCUGAAAGUGGCUCUCUCCACCCUGGUUUUCGAGAACCUGGUGUCCUUCAAGACGCUGACACACAUUUCAGUUGGCGAGGUGCUCAACAUACUGUCAAGUGAUAGCUAUUCCUUGUUUGAAGCUGCCUUGUUUUGUCCCUUGCCGGCUACUAUCCCUAUCCUAAUGGUUGUUUGUGCGGUGUAUGCCUUUUUCAUUCUGGGGUCCACAGCUCUUGUCGGAAUAUCGGUGUAUGUCAUAUUCAUCCCCAUCCAGAUGUUCAUGGCAAAGCGCAAUUCAGCCUUCCGAAGGUCAGCAAUUUCGGUGACAGACAAGCGUGUUCAGACCAUGAAUGAGUUUCUAACCUGCAUCAAGCUGAUUAAAAUGUACGCCUGGGAGAAAUCUUUCACCAACACCAUUCAAGAUAUAAGAAAGAGGGAGAGGAAGUUGCUGGAAAGAGCUGGAUAUAUUCAAAGUGGGAGCUCGGCGCUGGCCCCCAUCGUGUCUACCAUAGCCAUCGUGCUGACGUUCACCUGCCACACCCUCCUGCGGCGCAAGCUCUCCGCCUCUGUGGCCUUUAGCGUGAUUGCCAUGUUCAAUGUCAUGAAGUUUUCUAUUGCGAUCUUGCCUUUCUCGGUCAAAGCAAUGGUGGAAGCCAAUGUCUCUCUAAGGAGAAUGAAGAGAAUUCUUAUAGCUAAAAGCCCCCCAUCUUACAUCAGCCAGCCAGAAGACCCAGGCACUGUUUUGCUUUUAGCAAAUGCCACCUUGACAUGGGAGCAAGAAGUCGUCAUGAAAAGUGUCCCAGAGAAAGUGCAGAACCAGAAAAGGCACUUUUUAAAGAAACAGAGGCCAAAGAUGUACAGCCAGCCAAGUGGACUGGCUCAGGGCAUUGCUGAUGCUGAGGAGCAAGACGGCAAGCCCAAGCCAGCACUGCACAACAUAAGCUUUGUGGUGAGAAAGGGCAAGGUCUUGGGGAUAUGCGGGAAUGUUGGGAGUGGAAAGAGUUCCCUCAUUGCAGCUCUCCUGGGACAGAUGCAGUUACAGAAAGGGAUUGUGGCAGUCAAUGGGAGUCUGGCCUAUGUUUCACAGCAAGCCUGGAUCUUUCAUGGAAAUGUGAGGGAAAACAUUCUAUUUGGAGAAAAGUACAACCACCAAAGGUACCAGCACACAGUUCACGUCUGUGGCCUCCAGAAGGACCUGAAUAGCCUCCCUUACGGAGACCUGACCGAGAUCGGGGAGCGGGGUCUCAACCUCUCGGGGGGGCAGAGGCAGAGGAUCAGCCUGGCUCGCGCCGUCUACUCCAAUCGUCAGCUCUACCUGCUGGAUGACCCCCUGUCAGCCGUGGAUGCCCACGUGGGGAAGCACAUCUUUGAGGAGUGCAUUAAGAAGGCUCUCAGGGGGAAGACUGUGGUCCUGGUGACACACCAGUUGCAGUUCCUGGAGUCCUGCGAUGAAGUCAUUUUGUUAGAAGACGGAGAGAUCUGUGAAAAAGGGACCCACAAGGAGUUAAUGGAGGAGAGGGGACGCUACGCGAAACUGAUCCACAACCUUCGAGGGCUGCAGUUCAAGGACCCUGAACACCUGUACAAUGCAGCCAUGGUGGAGGCCCUGAAGGAGAGCCCUGCUGAGAAGCAUCAAGAUGCCGUUUUGGCCCCAGGAGAUGAGAAAGAUGAAGGAAAAGAAUCUGGAACUGAGUCAGAAUUUGUAGACAAAAAAGCGCCCACGCACCAGCUCACGCAGACAGAAUCCUCCCGCGGAGGCACUGUGUCCUGGAAGACAUAUCACACGUACAUUCAGGCUUCUGGAGGGUACCUCCUCUCUCUCUUCACCACUUCACUCUUCCUCUUGAUGAUCGGCAGCUCCGCCUUCAGCAACUGGUGGCUGGGUCUCUGGCUGGACAAGGGCUCCCAGAUGACUUGUGGGCCGCAAGGCAACCAGACCUUCUGUGAGAUUGGCGGGAUACUGGAAGAUGUCGGGCAGCACAUGUACCAGUGGGUGUAUGUAGCCAGCAUGGUGUCCAUGCUGGUGUUCGGCAUCAUCAAAGGCUUCAUCUUCACGAAGACCACGCUGAUGGCGUCCUCCUCACUGCACGACAGAGUGUUCAACAAGAUCUUAAAGAGCCCGAUGAGUUUCUUCGACACAACUCCCACUGGCAGGCUAAUGAACCGUUUUUCCAAGGAUAUGGACGAGCUGGAUGUGAGGUUGCCAUUUCACGCUGAGAAUUUUCUGCAGCAGGUCUUCAUGGUGGUGUUCAUUAUUGUGAUUUUUGCUGUGGUGUUUCCUGCUGUCCUUUUGGUCCUGGCUGGUGUUACUGUGGUCUUCAUCAUGCUUUUCUGCAUUUUCCACAGAGGAAUCCAGGAGCUGAAGAAGGUGGAGAACGUCAGCCGGUCCCCGUGGUUCUCCCACAUCACCUCCUCCAUGCAGGGCCUGGGUGUGAUUCACGCCUAUGGCAAGGAGGAGGACUGCAUACACACGUUUAAGAUGCUGAAUGAUGAAAACUCCAGCCACCUUCUGUACUUCAACUGUGCUCUCCGGUGGUUUGCUCUGAGAAUGGAUGUCCUGAUGAACAUUGUCACCUUCAUUGUGUCCUUGUUGGUGACCCUGAGUUUCUUCUCAAUCAGCGCUUCAUCCAAAGGCUUGUCACUGUCUUACAUCAUCCAGCUCAGCGGACUGCUCCAAGUGUGCGUGCGAACAGGGGCGGAGACCCAGGCCAAGCUCACCUCAGUGGAGAUGCUAAGGGAAUAUAUUUCGGCCUGUGUUUCUGAAAGCACUCAGCCCCUCAAGGUGGAGCCCUGUCCCCAGGACUGGCCCAGCCGCGGGGAGAUAACCUUCAAAGACUAUCACAUGAGAUAUAGAGACAACACCCCGCUUGUGCUCGACGGGCUGAACUUGCACAUAGAGAGCGGGCAGACUGUUGGCAUUGUCGGCAGGACGGGUUCCGGGAAGUCAUCGCUAGGAAUGGCCUUGUUCCGCCUGGCGGAGCCGGCCAGCGGCACGAUCUUCAUCGACGAGGUGGAUAUUUGCACCAUCAGUUUGGAAGACCUCCGCACCAAGCUCACCGUGAUCCCGCAGGAUCCUGUCCUGUUUGUAGGUACAGUAAGGUACAACUUGGAUCCCUUUGGGAGUCACACUGACGAAACGCUCUGGCAGGUUCUGGAAAGGACAUUCAUGAGAGACACAAUAAUGAAACUCCCGGAAAAAUUACAGGCAGAAGUCACAGAAAAUGGGGAAAACUUCUCAGUAGGAGAACGUCAGCUGCUUUGUAUGGCCCGAGCACUGCUCCGUAAUUCAAAAAUCAUUCUGCUGGAUGAAGCCACGGCCUCCAUGGACUCCAAGACGGAUGCCCUUGUCCAGAGCGCCCUCAAGGAUGCCUUCCGCGGCUGCACGGUGCUGGCCAUCGCCCACCGGCUGAACACAGUGCUCAACUGCGACCUAGUGCUGGUCCUGGAUAGUGGGAAGGUGAUUGAGUUUGACAAACCUGAAGUCCUCGCGGAGAACCCUGAUUCUGCCUUUGCAAUGCUACUAGCAGCAGAAGCUGGACUGUAAAGGUCCCUGCAGCCUACUGAGCAGAGAAAGAGGAAGAAGAGGAGGAGGAGGAGGAGGAGAAGGGGAGUAAGAGGAGGAAGAGGAGGGGAAGGAGGAAGCAGAGAGGGAAAAGGGCAGGCAGGAGGGGGAGGGGAGAAGGAGCAGGCCCCUCUCCUCCCUUUCAGGCUUCAGGGGGCUCUGGGAAGGGUGGAGCAGAUGCAGAUGAAGCCAGGACGUUUAAACCCCGCCUAGAAGCCUCCUAGAAGCCCAAGAGCCUCCCAUGUCCCCUCCAGCAGCACCUCAGCCCUGACAGGGAAAUGCAGCCUUCUCUCUCAGAGCAGUCAAAGCAGAGGACAAAGCAGAGGAGGGAGUUAGCCAGGGGCUCUGGCCUUGGUGGCCUUGAUGCCAGGAGAAAUAGCGAGCCUGCUUUCUGUUAACUUCCAUUCACUUCUGUGACAAGCAGUGACUGACUACACAGAUCUGCGGCAUGAAAGACUGAUUAUAGUGUUUGAAAAAAAUUUUUUAAAAAUCAUACCGUAUGUUUCCACCGAUAUAUUAAAUAACCAGGAAAACAAAGUGCUGGAGUUUUUCUAUAAAUAACAUUUUUAUAUCUUAUUUAUUGGUCAUUAAAGUGCAAUAGGAAAUUAAACUGUCCUGAAAUGCUGCCUUGCAA